AAACAAGGAGCCCGCUUUCGCCAUGCUAGCCGGCGCGGAUGACGGCCUCUCCCUGACCAUCGCUCAGAUCGUGGAGAGGCUGAAGGGCUCCGGACUUCACGCCCAGCUGGAGCGACAGGCUCGGCUCAGUUUACACAAUCCAGAGAUUAAGCUGCAAUCCCUAAAGGAAGAUAUUAAGGAAUUUCUGAAGACAUCAGGUUGGGAAAAGAAGCUGCACAAUGCUGUUUAUAGAGAAAUUAGUAUGUUUCCUUUACCUUGUUCUCCAUCAGUGCCUCCUGAACACAUCAAGGAGCCUUUGGCUUACAUGAGAAAAGCUCAGGCAAACUGGGAAAAACGUAUUUUGAAGAGCCUAAACAGCAUGUGUAUAGAACUUGGCAUUCCGUUAUCACAGAAGAGACCGUUGAGUGAGCAAAAAGAACUUUUGAAUAAAUGGAAUGAAAUGGGGACCGAUGAACCAGACCUGAGUCUCUUCAGGCCAGUUUAUGCACCUAAAGAUUUUCUUGAGGUGCUGAUGAACCUGCGCAAUCCGAAUUACGACAGCAGCGAGGUGCCUAAUUUUAGAAAUCACUUGGGACUAAUUCAGGUCCCGCUGAACGUGAAAGAUAUACCUGAACUGAAGGAUUAUUUUAGCGAAUUAGACCUGAACACUGGUCAGAUGGAUAUUGAUGAUUCUGCACACGUGCCUUCAGAGCUUUAUGAAAAUGAGCACGUACGGCUCGGUCAAAAAGUUCUUAUGGAGCAGGACAGCGCAGCCGCCCAACAGUACGUGCGUCAAGGCUCCCCAAAUUCAUUAAGAGCCGAGCUGUGGGCACUGAUUCUGAACAUUUCAACCCAACCAGAGGAUAUCUUGUACUAUGAACAACUGAAGUCUAACGUGAUCCAGUACAAUCUUUUAGUGGACAGUCUGAUUUAUAAAGAUGUGAAAUUGACAGCUAGCAAUGAUGACUACUACUUCGUGUUUGAGGAUUAUUUAUAUCAGGUGUUGCUUUGUUUCUCUCGAGACACUUCAGUGUUGGGACACUUUGCUUACAAUAGCGCUACCCCACCGAGAUCCUUCAUUCGAGGGAAGCUUGGAAUGGAUCAGUAUGCCGUGUUUUAUCCGCCAAACGGUGUCAUUCCAUUCCAUGGCUUUUCAAUGUAUGUUGCUCCUCUUUGUUUUCUGUACAAUGAGCCCUCCAAGCUGUAUCAGAUAUUUCGUGAAAUAUAUGUGCGUUACUUCUUCAGACUUCACUCCAUUUCUUCUCACUCUUCCGGGAUCGUCUCACUAUGUCUGCUGUUUGAGAAUCUCCUCCAGAGCCAUCUCCCACAGCUGUUCUAUCAUCUUCGAGAAAUUGGAGCGCAGCCGCUAAGAAUAUCCUUCAAAUGGAUGGUCCGAGCGUUCUCUGGGUACUUGGCUACCGAUCAGCUGCUGUUUUUGUGGGACAGAAUUUUGGGAUACAACACUCUGGAAAUCCUGGCUGUCCUGGCAGCUGCUGUGUUUGCUUUCCGAGCCGGGAAUCUAAUGGAGGUGACAUCACUAGCCGCAGCUGAAGCCGUCCUUGCUGAUCUUUCAACUCUGAAAGUUAUGCCUCUUCUUCAGAUCUUCCUCUUCGCCACUGGCUCUUCGUAACCCUCCAAAGCCACAGGGCUGCUCUGCUAGUAGACUUUCAACGGAUGCUGAUAAUAAGUCAUGCAACCCUUUCACCCAAUUAACGAUUUAACAGUUAACGGUUUUGCAAAGAAUUGAAUAUGCAGCUCUUGCCUGCUAACCUCGCCAAACGCUGUUACGUAUCCCUUUUUCACUGCUUCUUGCUGUUGUAUUUUAGUCAAGCUGCAAUACCUGGAUGAAGUGCAAAUCAAAAAGGGAAAUUUUUUUUUCUUUAAUGCAUGCAGUAUUAAGUGCAAGACGAAAGGGGAAAAUCUAUUAACUCUAGAUCUCAGUGCUGCUUUUGUGCCAUAAAGGUGGGAAGUAAUUCACCUCCCCCCCACCCCAGUAAAUUAUAAUCUGUCAUCGAGUCAAAGAAUGGAGUGGUGUGGUGGCCUAGAGGUGGAGCUCUUGCCUCACAAUCAGGAGGCUCUGAGUUCGAUCCUAGGUAGAGGCAGAUAUUUCACACUCUGGGCACAUUGAGAAUAUAUCUGCUGAACACAACUCCGCACUGGCAACAGGAAAGGUAUCCGGCCAUUCAAACACACUGCUAGCUCUCUUCUGUUGCCCGGACUCUACCUCACAAGGGAUUAUGGGGUCGUUAAAAGAUGACGAUGAUGAUCCAGUCAAAGAAUAUUUCACCUUAUACUUUGUCUGCAAUACUUGAAGAACAGUAUAUGUAAUAUUUAAUGUUUUCCAAAUUGAAUGAUUGUGCAAAAUGGGAGCAAUGCUUCCUUCUAACGCCCUCUGGAUUAUUUCUGGGGAACUGAGCGGUUUGUUUUAGUCAACUGGAGGCUCAUAGAGUUAUUCCAUGUUUCCCCGAAAAUAUGACCUACCCAGAAAAUAAGUCCUAGCCUGAUUGUUACACGUGAGCCCAAUAUAAGCCCUACCCCCAAAAAAAUUAAGCCCUAAUUAAGUCCCCGUCCACUCCAGGGUGCAAGGGUAAAAAUGAAGCUACAGUGGGGAUGGGGGUGGUGGAGCUGGAGGAGGGCCUCUGUGGCUCAGACUGGUAAGACAGUCUGUUAUUAACAGCAGCUGCUUGCAAGUACUGCAGGUUCAACCCCACCAGGCCCAAGGUUGACUCAGCCUUCCAUCCUUUAUAAGGUAGGUAAAAUGAGGACCCAGAUUGUUGGGGGCAAUAAGUUGACUUCGUAUAUAAUAUACAAAUGGAUGAAGACUAUUGCUUGACAUAGUGUAAGCUGCCCUGAGUUUUCGGAGAAGGGCGGGAUAUAAAUGCAAAUAAAAAAACAACAACUACUGACCUUCAGACAAUUGCAGCCACGCCUCGCACACCCCGACACUUGCCUUGCCGGCCCAUUUCUUCUGCAGCCGGCACGGCUUUCUUGAAGGCCUCUGCAGCCAAUAACAGAGCUCUGGAUCAGCUGCAGAGGCCUUCAGGAAAGCCUUGCUGGCCACAGAAGAAGUUCCUGAAGGCUCUGACAGUGAAAAGGAGGCCAGGGGGCGACGCACGCAAGUGAGGUGAGUCAGUGGGAGACACCCCCUCCCUGAAAAUAAGACCUGGUGCCUUUUUUGGUGGCAAAAAACAAACAAACAAUAUAUAAGACAGGGUCUUAUUUUCAGGAAAACACUGGUAGAAAACUGCAAACGAUGUGAUAAAAGCGCUGUUGUGACUCCAGUAGGCCAUAGGAAAUUCAGUCAGUGUAGAAACACAUAAACUUUAUUCGAACAGCUGAGAAUUACUUCAUUCUCAGCGUAGUCCAACUAAAUUAAAGCAAAUUCCUCCCAACACUAUUCCUCAGUCCUAUCGCCAACCUUCGUCCAAUUAGGCAAACUGCCAAAGGCCUUUCUUGGCAAAAGUUCAGAAGACGAAGCUGUCAACAUUGUUUUCCGGCUAAGCCCAAACACUGUUGCUGGUCUUUUAAGCCUUACGGGAGGGGCCAAUCAUCUCUUGGCCCUACUCCCGAGUCGUCCUCUUUGCUUGAGCUGCUCUUGCCUUCUGGCAACUCUUCUCAUGCGUGCAUUAGGAACAGGCUCCUCCUGUUUCUCUGCCUCACUACUGUCAGCCUUUGGAGGCUCCGGAGUCCGCACAUCACUCUCCGAUGGCCCUGGCCCCACCUCUGCCUCCGACGCAGAGCCCUCAUCCGGGCCUUCCCCAGCCUCCAGGACUGGCCCAUGUUCUUCCUCAGCCUCAUCGCUGUCCGACUCAGUUGCCAGCUCCGCAGGCUGCUGGCAGACUGCAACAGGCGCGCAUGAGACACAUUUAAGAGCAAGCAUCAAGAGUUGCAGAGAUAGAUUUUUUUUUUUUUGCAAGCUUAAAAGUCAGCGAAACCUGUUUUUAUUCUUGGGAAAAUGAAAUUAGCGCAAAAAGACUUGGAAGGGCGAUAGGCCUCCUGACAGAUCCUCCGUUCCCUAAACGCCGUUGACUAAAUGCAAUGGAGUCCUUGCCUCACGCUUGCUCCCGACUCUGCCAGGAAAAGACACGUGUGUCCAGGCACCUGCUUUCUCCAGGAUCUGUUGAAGCCUGUCUUAAGCAAGAGCCAAAACAGUUGCCUGUAGCAACAACCCUCCCCCCCUUCCCCUUUUCUCAACCCCAGCAGGUCUUGUGAAGCUGAAUGUGCUGCCUCGGCUGGUUUCCGCAGGCGUCUUGGUCCAAGAUCUUGCGUAUCAAUUGGCCGUGUUGAAGCUCAUAUUCCUGAGCGAUGGAAGCCAUGUAACCGCUCUUGGGAUAGAUAAUCUUUCAACUGGCGAUGAGUCGGGGUUUUUUUCCCCUUUUUCUCCGGGGAUUCCUGUAAGCCGCCCUAAAAGCCGAAUCGAUUGCUAGAUUAUUCUGAUUUAACCACAUAUACAAGCUGUCAGCCAAGAUUGGAUAUCUAGACAUUGCGCACGGUAAUUGAUUUGCAUGUUGCUUUCAGCCAGUUUGCGUGUUCCUUCGGUUCACCGAAGGAAAGCAGUUCGGAGGGCUUUAAAAGCAGGAGAAUUAAAAUGGAAGGAAGAUUGCCUUCCCUUCUUUCUUGUUUGUGUCGGACAUAGUAUUCAAAUCUUUUUUUUUUUUUCAUUUUUAAGUUAAACACUAUUGGGAUUCAGUCGGAUUUGGUUACAACUGUUCGAUGGGACCCUUAAAAUACACUUUUUUUACAGACUUGCAGGGACAGUGUGUGUAGCUGAUCCUGUUGUGUUAGAAUACAUUUUUGGAGAUCUUUUUUUUUUUUUAAUUGAAAAAGUUUCACAAAAUUUUUCGCUCCCUUUGCCCCCUCCCCCUCCCUUCACAAACCCCCCCCCCCGACUUCCCGGAACAAACACAAGGUAUAGUAAAAUUAAAACAUAUACUAAAAAUUUUUCCUUCUUGGAGAUCUUGAUGUCACGAAAGCUUUACAAAAAAUAAUUUCAAAUCCAAAUUAUUAUUUGUUUGUUUGUUUAUUUAUUUGUUUCUCCAGGACAUGGAAGAUAGUGGGGACUCUGAUCUUACAAGUAGCUAUUUUGUGAAAGUACGUUAUAUCUAAAGAUCAAAUUGGAGAAUUUAACAUGUUUUAUUUAUUUAUUCUAUUGAAGAUGGUUUCUUUAAAGGCGUUUCCUUUGCAAUUCACACCGGAGUUUAAUUCUUUCUCUUAAUCCAAAAUAAAAAUUGCAAACUUUC